AUGCCCACUUUGUCGUCCAAGGCUUCAGAGCCACUUGGCCGGCCCGAUUACCAGCUAGAGCGCCGCUUUAACGACUUCGCCGACCUGCGUUACCAGGUGUGGUCGUAUGCGCAGCGCAAGCAUGAGGGGAGCUGUACAGGCUGCAAGUAUUGUGACGAGUUCAUGAGCUACAUCGUGCACUCGAUGUCACAGCCGCGCUUAUUCGUGAAAUUGACCACUGGUGUUGACACGCGCAAAAAGCUGAUGUCGACGUUCUGCAACGAGUUCAUCAACCUCACACUGGGCAGCAGAUCAGAACCUCGACCGCGCAGCUUCGAGUGCGAUGGUCUUCAGGCCAUUCCCUACUUGGUGCAUCGCUUCUUUGAGAAGGAGAACGCAUAA